AUGGCUGUCACACGCUCAAAGAUUACUGUAGUUAAAACUGCUGUGGAGAGACACAAUGGUGUGCAGACUGUGGAGAAAGUCACCAAAACCAAGAAAGUGAAAACCACCAUACCAGGGACGCCUAAGAGCAAGGCAAAGGCGCCUUCUGCAAAUGCAUCACCAAGAAAGAAACCACAUAUCGAGGAACUUUUCGCCGUUGUUGAUAUUCCUGAAGACCUCCUGCUUCCCCAGACAUUUAUCGAUCGCCAUAAGCCAGAAUUCAUUAAAGGUGUCAAUUAUAUCCUUCUGAAAGACCCGUCUUUAUACCCAUGCAUUGUCCAUCUGGAGUUUAAGGCAUUCUCCAAUAAAGUCGAUUCACCUGAAACAGAAGAUGAGGUUAUCCUCCGCUAUUGGUACGCGUUGAUCUCGUCAGUUAUUGGACAGCAAGUGUCAGGCCACGCGGCAAAAGCUAUUGAGGGACGUUUUAGAUUGUUGUUUGAAGACGGCCCCACACCUCAGGAUACGUUGAAAAAGUCACCCGAGGAGUUGAGGGCUGUGGGUCUUCUGGCUAUGAAAUUGAAGUAUGUCAUAAGCAUUAGCGAGGCAUUCUCAUCUCCAGACUCUAAGCUCGUCUCACUUGACUUCUACAGGUCAAGCACUAACCAGGAAAUCAUUGAUGAGCUUGUUCUUCUCAAGGGGAUUGGCGAAUGGUCUGCUAAAAUGUUCUCAGUUUUCACACUCAAUGAACUAGACAUCUUCGCAUACGACGACUUGGGAGUCGCUCGAUGCGUGGCUCGUUACUUAGAAAAUAGGCCACAACUUCUUAAAGAUAUUCAAAAGGGAGUUAAUGAAGAUGAAUUGUUGAAACUAGGACUCAAGAAGAAGGGAAAGUUCCAGACAAAAUCUUCCAAGCGUGACUGGGUCCCUCUCCACGACGAAUACGUUAAAUACCUCGGUAAGUUGUACUCGCCGUACCUGCUGGUAUUGAUGCUCAUCAUGUGGAGACUUGCUUCUACAAACGUUGAGAUCUUGGAGAAUGUGCGCUAG